AUGCUCGUGUCCAACGCGAGCUUGAGCUGCGCGGGCUGCUCCGCCGGCGGCGGCGGCAGUGACGGGAGCGCCGGGCGGCUCGGGGGCCCCGCGGCGCCGCCCCACAACCUCAGCCCCACCGGCCACCUGGUGGUCGCCGUGUGCCUCGGCUUCAUCGGCACCUUCGGCUUCGUGAACAACGCGCUCGUCCUCGUGCUCUUCUGCCGCUACCGGCUGCUGCGCUCGCCUAUCAACUGUCUCCUCGUGAGCAUCUCCGUCAGCGACCUGCUGGUGUGCGUGCUCGGGACGCCGUUCAGCUUCGCCGCCAGCACGCGCGGACGCUGGCUGAUCGGCGGCGCGGGCUGCGUGUGGUACGGCUUCGUCAACUCCUUCUUGGGUAUAGUGUCUCUGAUCUCCCUGGCAGUGCUGUCCUACGAGCGCUACUGCACCAUGAUGGGAGCCACACAGGCUGACGCCACCAACUACAGAAAGGUGAUCAUGGGCAUCACUUUCUCCUGGAUUUACUCCAUGCUCUGGACUGUGCCUCCGCUGUUCGGCUGGAGCCGAUACGGCCCAGAGGGGCCAGGCACCACCUGCAGCGUCAACUGGGCCGCCAAAACAGCCAACAAUGUGUCUUACAUCAUCUGCCUCUUCUUCUUCUGCCUCAUCCUCCCAUUCAUCGUGAUUGUCUACAGCUAUGGUAAGCUGCUACAAGCCAUUAAGCAGGUGAGCAGGAUCAACACAGUGGUGAGUCGUAAGCGGGAGCAGCGCGUGCUCUUUUUGGUGGUCACCAUGGUGGUGUGUUACCUGCUGUGCUGGUUGCCCUACGGCAUCAUGGCCCUGGUGGCCACGUUCGGCCAGCCCGGCCUGGUCACUCCGGAGGCCAGCAUUGUGCCCUCUCUGCUCGCCAAGUCCAGCACCGUCAUCAACCCGGUCAUCUACAUCUUCAUGAACAAGCAGUUCUACAGAUGUUUCCGAGCCCUGCUGAUGUGUUCUGCUCCAGAGAGAGGUUCCAGUUACAAAAACUCAUCCAAGGGCACCAAAAUUCUCAGGACGAUGCGACGUGCCAAUGGCCACCAUGCGACCUUCGUGGUGGCCACAGCUGGCCUACCCACUGGCUGCGCUGCAGACAGCGUCAGGCCAAAAGGCGGCUCUGAGGGUGAAGGCCAGCCACCCGCAGCAGGACCGUCUCCAGGAACAGUGAAGCCCACCGUGUCACUUGUGGCAUAUUACAAUGGCUGA